AUGUCGACAAGAGCACAACCUGACUGGUACUACCACAGACAUCCGUAUGCCUCGACUCCGCUAGCAGAAGGAGAGGAGCCACGAUUGCUACCCAUCCAGGACCAAUCGAACCAUAAGAAGUCGAAAAUUUGGAGAGCGUACAAGGUCCCGAUAGUGCAAUGGUACAAGAAUGCAAUGCUAAUCAAGAAGGGCUUUUGGCAUGACCUGGAGUCGUCCCAUCAGAUUAUUUGGUACCCAUAUAAAGGAAUCAGCGAAUCCGUGGGCAGCAUGGAUUAUAUGCACCUUUUCUUUCUAAUAUUUGGUUAUUAUCUAUUGAGCCUUGCGCUUAUCGUUGCGUUUACGUCCAUUCUUGCGUGUUCUCUGUUGGUGUUCAUCUAUCUGCCCUUUCUCGGGUUCUUCGCAUUGCCCCUGGCUUACGUGCAAACUGUUCUCAUUGCCACAACGCUUUGCAACUCCAUGGUGAAGGGCACUGAUUUUGUUCUUUUCACGCGUAUCUAUGGGGUUACAUUCGCAAGAAAGAAAUUACCAAUUUUAAGUGAAGCCUGUGAAACGAUAAGUUUCACGCCCUUUGUUUACAGAAGAUCACAUAGAUUGGGUAGCCUUUUUUCAACACAAUUUUAUCUCGUUUCUUUGCCACACUUUUUCAUUUUUUUCUUUUGGUAUGUCUCCAUAGCCAUUAUCUUCCUUUUGCUGUUGCUUAUCCCGAUCGUGGGGCCCAUCACAAUAAAUAUGCUGCCAUUUAGCCCGGGGAUGGGAUUUUACUACUUCGAGCCUUAUUUCGUUGACGUACUACACCUCGAUUCGCGCAAACUCUCAAAAGUCUACUACAAGGGCUUUGCCAAGUGGCUCCUCUUCUCGAUAUCGAGCGGUUUACUAGAGUCCAUCCCUAUCUUGGGCGGAUUGUUCAUUGGCACAAACGUUGUAGGCGCUUCGCUUUGGAUAGUAAAAGAGAUAAACGAUCACGAACAACCAGCUGUAACUCCCUCCCCCGCCGCGGAGCCUGAUGAACCCGUUGGAGGCUCCUAUGCGCCUCCAAUUCAGCAAUCUAUAGCACAGGUAAACCCGCCAUGA